UUCUUGGCAUGCAUUGCCUCUUUGGCAUGCAUUGCCUUACAUAGAGACUGAAAUGGCACUGAGACUCUUGAGAUGGGACCGCAGAAUUCCAUGGCCCUAACCAUGAAUCCUGUGGCCUCCGCAGGACCAAGGACAACAUAGUCAACAGCUGCUGCAGCUUGAGCCAUACCCGGGUUCCCCUUCCUAGCACUUGCCUCUCCCCCACACUCGCAGCAGCAGCAGCAGCAGCAGCAGCAGCAGAAGCGUGCUGGUAGCCCCUCCUCCUCCAACCUGCCCAAAGGUCACGGGACAGAGAAGGCAGGACAGACCAGUUGGAGCUAGCAAGGCAGGACAUAGGGUCUCUGCGGGAGAAAGUGUCUUCUCACAUUUAGCUCCCUGAGCUUGACUGAGGAGCCAAGACCCUGAACUGUGUGCUGGUUCCUGGAGGAAGUGUGUUUUGGUGUUGCCAUUCACGGGUGGAGUCAGGGCGAGGAGCUCCACUGCCUGCUAUGCCAGAGGGCAAUGCCAGGAAGCUGGUGAAGUCUUUCUUCUCUUCCUCCACCAUGGUUGACGGUGUUAAGUAUCAAGUGGCCUCCCAGCAUGAGAGCGAUGCCUCCCCAUUAGCCGACGAGGCCAGCCCAGGGGCUGAGCAGGUAAAGCUGAAGAAGGAGAUCUCACUGCUCAAUGGCGUGUGCCUGAUUGUGGGGAACAUGAUUGGCUCGGGCAUCUUUGUCUCCCCCAAGGGCGUGCUCAUGUACAGUGCCUCCUUUGGCCUCUCCCUAAUCAUCUGGGCCGUAGGGGGCCUCUUCUCUGUCUUUGGGGCCCUUUGUUAUGCGGAAUUGGGCACCACCAUUAAGAAAUCUGGAGCCAGCUACGCCUACAUCCUCGAGGCCUUCGGGGGACUUCUUGCCUUCAUCCGACUCUGGACCUCCCUCCUCAUCAUCGAGCCCACCAGCCAGGCCGUCAUUGCCAUCACCUUUGCCAACUACAUGGUGCAGCCCCUCUUCCCCAGCUGCUUCGCCCCCUAUGCUGCCGGCCGCCUGCUGGCUGCUGCCUGCAUCUGUCUCUUAACCUUCAUUAACUGUGCCUAUGUCAAGUGGGGAACCCUGGUACAAGAUAUUUUCACCUAUGCUAAAGUAUUGGCUCUGAUCGCCAUCAUCAUCGCAGGCAUUGUUAGACUUGGCCAGGGAACCUCAACUCACUUUGAGAAUUCCUUUGAGGGCUCCUCAUUUGCAGUGGGUGACAUUGCCCUGGGACUGUACUCAGCUCUGUUCUCCUACUCGGGCUGGGACACCCUCAACUAUGUCACUGAAGAGAUCAAGAAUCCUGAGAGGAAUCUGCCCCUCUCCAUCGGCAUUUCCAUGCCCAUUGUCACCAUCAUCUACAUCUUGACCAACGUGGCCUAUUACACCGUGCUAGACAUGAGGGACAUCCUGGCCAGUGAUGCUGUUGCUGUGACUUUUGCGGACCAUAUUUUUGGAAUAUUCAACUGGACAAUUCCACUGGCAGUUGCAUUGUCCUGCUUUGGUGGCCUCAAUGCCUCCAUUGUGGCUGCUUCUAGACUUUUCUUUGUGGGCUCAAGAGAAGGCCAUCUCCCUGACGCCAUCUGCAUGAUUCAGGUUGAGCGGUUCACACCGGUGCCAGCUCUGCUUUUCAAUGGUAUCAUGGCACUGAUCUACUUGUGUGUGGAGGACAUCUUCCAGCUCAUUAACUAUUACAGCUUCAGCUACUGGUUCUUUGUGGGGCUCUCUAUUGUGGGUCAGCUUUAUCUGCGCUGGAAGGAGCCAGAUCGACCUCGUCCCCUCAAGCUCAGCCUUCUCUUCCCCAUUGUCUUCUGCCUCUGCACCAUCUUCCUGGUGGCUGUUCCACUUUACAGUGAUACCAUCAACUCCCUCAUCGGCAUUGGCAUUGCCCUCUCAGGCUUGCCCUUUUACUUCCUCAUUGUCAGAGUGCCAGAACACAAACGACCUCGUUGCCUCCGAAGGAUUGUGGCAUCCACCACAUGGUACCUCCAGGUCCUAUGUUUGUCAGUUGCUGCAGAGAUGGAUUUGGAAGAUGGAGGAGAGAUGCCCAAACAACAAGAUCCCAAGUCUAACUAAAUACCUCCUGGAAUCCUGAGCUGUGGAAAGCAGGGGCCUCUUUCUCCUACUGGCUGGAGCCAAGGAAGCUGAAAAGGAAAGCUCACUUCUUUGAAGGCACCUCUCCAGAAAUCUGGUCUAGGCAGCUUCAACAACUUUGAACUUGCUUUUUGAGAGAUGGAAAGUAAUUUAUUUGUUUUGCUACAUAUUGUUCCAGAUUUUUUUAAAGGGACAAUAAAGCAGACUAUGGUGGGGAGCAUGUCAGGUGUGGGCUUGGUUGUUCUAAUAGCA